GCAUUUAUGGCGUGCUACCUGUUAUCAAUUAGCUCAGGAGGCUGGAUUUGAUUUAUAUGAUAGAGCAACUUAUGCUGUUCUUUGUGGCGAUGUAGAUAACAUUUUUCCCGUGUGUAGAUCUUGGGAAGAUUACAUAUGGGCAUAUUUUAAUGGAUUAAUCGAGUGUCGGCUUGAACAGUAUUUUAGCCAGCGAGGUCAACUCAGAGAAUUGGGAGACGCUGAUUUGCCAGUUCCAACACAACUUUUGAGUCUCACACCAGAGGAUAUAUUUCGUAAAGUUGAUGCUCGUCAAAUAGACAAGGAUCCUAUAAUGGCACUUUUCCAUAAGAUUCAAAAACUCUUUAUUUUAAAUAAACUGGAUGAAAUUGUUAAUUGUUUGAAGGAAGAGUUGCUUGAUAAACAGCCAAGUUAUUAUGAUAAUGCUGCUUAUUUUCAUAUUCUACG